CCAGGCACUCUGAAAAGUUAAUGGAUAAAAGGCGCACGGCAUGGUGGUGGGCGAAACCAACAGCACCGGUGUCGCGCAAAGCUACGGAGACACCAUGAAGACCCUGAUGGCAGAGGAGCGCGCAAGAGAGACAGUUGCAAGUUUGGAAACCUCCAACGGCAUGAUGUUCUCCGAAGCCUUUGUCCCUCGGCUAUUCAAAAUCGCGCAUGAGUCUGGAGAGGUGGCGGUGGCCGCCGGUUUCGGGUCUAUAGACAUGAAGCCUUCCAGCUUCCCGGUACUUUUGGAGAUGAUGGAGAUGACAAACGGCACGCGUUGCGCAGAGCAUAUCCUAAGCUAUGGAGAAGUGGAGAAAAUACUGAUCGGCGGUGUACUGACUAUGCUCACUCUCAUCACCAUCUGUGGGAACCUGUUGGUGGUCAUCUCCGUGUGCUUCGUGAAAAAACUACGACAGCCCUCCAACUAUCUCAUCGUGUCCCUCGCGCUCGCGGACCUGUCCAUUGCGCUCGCGGUGAUGCCGUUCGUCAGCAUCACCGACCUGAUCGGUGGCAGGUGGAUUUUUGGCAAGUUCUUCUGUAACGUUUUCAUUGCCAUGGACGUCAUGUGUUGUACAGCGUCCAUCAUGACCCUUUGCGUUAUUAGUAUUGACCGGUACCUGGGCAUCACCAGACCCUUAACAUACCCAGUAAGGCAAAAUGGGUGGUGUAUGGCCAAAAUGGUGCUCUCUGUGUGGUUGCUGUCUGCCUCAAUCACCCUGCCUCCGCUCUUUGGAUGGGCGCAAAAUGUGAAUGAUGACCGUGUUUGUCUGAUUAGCCAGGACUUUGGCUACACCAUUUACUCUACAGCUGUUGCUUUCUACAUCCCCAUGACCGUCAUGCUAGUCAUGUACUACCGCAUCUACCGUGCCGCCAAGCUCAGCGCCGCCAAACACACCAUCACUGGCUUUCCUCGUGCCAUAGAGGAGGAGGCAGUGGAAGGUGGUGAUGGGACGGAAGAACCCGUGGGUGUGGAUUGCGUAACCGUUGCAAUCAAGCUUCAGAGGGAGGUGGAAGAGUGCACGCGGCUACCGCACCUCCUGCGAGGUGUGAGCAGGAGGAGCUCAGAUCGGAGGAGCAUCUCCAUAUUCAAACGGGAACAGAAGGCGGCGGCCACCCUUGGAGUGGUGGUAGGAGCGUUUACUGUCUGCUGGCUACCGUUUUUUCUUCUUUCCACAGCCCGGCCCUUCAUAUGUGGGACAGAGUGUAGUUGUGUGCCCUUGUGGGUGGAGAGAACUCUGCUUUGGUUGGGUUAUGCCAAUUCACUCAUCAAUCCCUUCAUCUACGCUUUCUUUAACCGGGACCUGCGCACCACCUACCGAAGCCUGCUUAGCUGCCGUUACCGCAAUAUAAACCGCAGGCUGUCAGCCGCCGGCAUGCAUGAGGCCUUACGGCUGGUGGAAAGACCGGAGAUGGUUGUGAUGAGAGUUUGAAGGUUUGGAUUUGCUAAAGGAGGACUCGAGAGCUCAUGAUCCUAACUGGUCAGGUUAAAGAUUGUGUGGAAGGUGUUGCUGCAAGCACUGUAUGUGUGGUAUCUGAAAAGUGUGCAGAAUGAAUAACAGAGGUCAUAUUAAAUAGAGAUGUGCAUUAUGGUCACUUUAUGGACACACCAUCUGUUGGUCACUCAGUGCAGCAAGACACAUCAUUCAUGGGAUUUUACUCAGAUUUAAGAGAGCUUUGCAUUCAAGAUACGCAGAUCAAUACACUGUUAUGGAGAAAUCUCUUUAGGACAAGAAGCUUAAGCAAAGACUUACAACUGAAGUGUUGAGAGCCUACUAUUUCUACUAUUAGAACUAUUUCAACUUAGUUUCAACUUUUAAAGUAUUUGUUGAGCCGCAAGAAACUCGUUUGUCAACUGUCAGCACCUGCUAACUCAGUAAGUGUAAUCCAUCUGUGUCUUUGUCCUCAGACUCUUUCCCAAUGACAACUAAGGACAAAUCCUUUCAGCUUUCCGCAAUCUGCACACGCUCACCCCCUACCAAAUGCGUCUGUGACCACUGAUUGUUUUAUGCUUUGAUGCACAGCGCAUUAAAGCACAGAUCUCAUGUCAGCUAAGCUUCUUUCUGCUUCUGUGGUUAAGCCUGAGGGGACAGGUGGUAAUCUGAUCCCCGAUCAGUAAUUAAAGCUAAACCAAUGGGAUUCUAAAAAUAUGGACUCUGGUGUGGGCAGCUAUUUAUUGUUUUAUUCUGCAAGGAUUGUACGUGAAAGCUUGUCAUCACAGUUUGUUUUAAAAAAUGUGUCACGUUGGCAACAGAAGAUAUGGGAAAUACUCUGAUCAGAAAAAAAAGAUUAUGUUCAGAUUCCUUCUUAUUAUGUUGUCUCAUAAAUGACCUGUGUAUAAAAAUAUCAGCAAAUUUGUAAAAACAACAUGUACAUGAAGCAAGCUUAUGUGUAGCUGUGUAAAUAUUUCAAAAGAGGAUGCGCCGUAAUGUACAGUACAGACCAUCUCUAAUGUCUUUUCAUUGUUGAAUUUGUUUUAAUGUUAUUUGUUGUACACAUUUCCCAUGCAAAUUGGAAUAAAGAAAUGAUUUAA